AAAAAUUAUUCAUCAAUGUAUAGGGUAAAAACUGCAAAUAGUCAUAAAUUUUGGGUUAAAACUGAUAGUAGCCAUAUCCAUAAGUUUAGAAGCUUCAAUCAGAACAGAACUGAUAACCGUUCAGCAUCCUCAUCUGCGACUUCCCAGAUUCAAUCAAAACAAAUCUGCGACUCCGGCGAUCAUCGUUCAUCAUCCUCAUCAUUCAUCAAAACAGAUCUGCCACUCACGAUCCGGUUCAUACUCCUUCAGAACAGGCAAGGUAAGACUCGUCUCGCGAAGUAUUACAUUCCUCUAGAAGAAUCGGAGAAGCACAAGGUCGAAUAUGAGGUUCAUCGAUUGGUGGUGAAUGGAGAUCCGAAGUUUACUAAUUUCGUUGAGCAACGUGUGCGAGCUAGAUUUGGUCUUCAACUUCCAUAAGGUAUUCAAGUUCUUGAUUUUAACAUUAUAUUGACAAAUGUGUUGUGCUUUCCUCACUUAAUAUGUGUGUGUGUUGAAGGGUUUUUUGGCUCUUAUUAUUUUAACUGUCACUUCUGAGUUUACUUUUGAAUUAAACUAUAAAUCAAUGAAGCUACUAGCUAGAGAUUUAUUUGCUUGUAGACUUAGUCACUUAGAAGCAACAUUAAGAAACUCAUGCUAGCCUAAUGAGACGCGACUUAUUGUUAAGAUAGUUGUUAUGCUUUUCACGAAUCCUAUUCUUUGGUGUAGUGCAUCAUACACAAAACUG